CGUCGGCAGCAAGGGAUACCACAUCAGCAGGCACCGGUCUGGUCUAUGCUGUUGCGUUCACAGACAGCAGUCAUGGACCAGAAGGCCGGGGAAACAGAUGAGGCCUAUCAGGCCUGCAUGUUAGCUUGGAGUACCGAGACAAAGAAGCGGGCAGAUGACGCUGCCGCAGCAGCCAAGAAAAGGGCAGAGGAUGCCGAGCAGGCACGUCUGCUGGCCGUGGAACAACAGCGCCAGCACGACGAGGCAGCAGCAAGGGCUGCCGAUGAAGAAAGAACACAGCGUUGUGAGAAGAUAUUCACCGGAGAGCGGGCAUUACUUACCAUGGCAGCAGAAUGGCGAAGCGAGGCCGAGAAUAGCCAGUUGGAGGAUAGCGCAAACAAGAUAGCGCUCCUCCUCUCGCAUCUCACGGAUCUCCUGGCAACCUGCAUUACACAGCAGGCAGAGAUCCUUGCUCUCGACAACUCGGUAGCUCAUCUCCAAGACCGCCUUCAGCGGGUGGAGCAUCGACCAGUCGCCGCCGCCGAUGCAGUCUCUUCCAACACUGCCGACCGGCUCACCGCAUUGGAGAUGCGUGUCGGCUCCCUCCAGGAUGGCACACAAUUACAGCAGACCGCGACGCAACAAUUGCAGCAGCGGAUCUGCACUACUGCCACUACCCCGAGUUCGGAGCCGCGCGAGACAGCUCCUAAGUUCGAUGGGCAUGAGAUCUUCCACGACUCAAUCAAGACAGAUCCAAUUCCAUGGUUUCGCAAGUUCGAGCUCACGCUGCAGCUCCACAACGUCAAGGAAAACAAGCACCACGCUUACUUGUACUCUCGCUCAGGGGCCGCGUGUCAGGCGUGGUUGGACAACUUGUUGUCCAAGUACGGAGUUGUAGCAGCGGACUUGCACACCAUGAUCAGCUGGGAUGAUCUGAAGGCGGCGUGGCACAAGCGGUUCCAAGUGGAGCCGCCAGAGAUCAAAGCCAUGGACAAGCUUAUGAUAGAGGUUUUGGACCCGCUCACAUCUGAGGACUUUGCAUGGCUUCCUCUCCCGACCACAGACUGUUUGCCUGGACCGCAAUGCGCAGCACUUAGCACUCAUCUCCACACUUACCUUUCCUUCUAUGCACCACCAACUUCGCCGACGGAUGACGAAGUCGCGGUGGGGGACAUCCUGGCGUACGUUACCAAGGUGGCCCGCGAGUUUCGCACGCAGCGGUACGAUAACAACAAUGCACUGCUCAUGUAUGUCCGCAUCCAGGUUGGGCAAGCGUCCUGCAACGCUUUGUUGGAUAGCUGCGCGACUCGCAACUUCAUGAGCUUGUCUUUUAUGCAAAGAGCUGGCCUUGGCGCACAAGUUCGGAGAAAGGCAAACCCGACGGCGAUCAAGUUGGCGGAUGGAAAGACGCAGCAACUACUCGACCGUUACAUCGAGGCCGUACCGGUCUACUUCGCACCUCAUGCAUGCGAACCGGUGACAUUCAAUAUUCUCGACACGGACUUCGACAUCAUUCUGGGAAUGCCUUGGCUUGCAAGUGCGGAUCACACGGUCAACGUCCAUUGGCGGACUCUUAGCGUUCGUGACGCCUUCGGCGCGGAAGUGGCAUGUACGAUUCCUCUACUGCACUCUUCGAUCCGGUGCCAAGUGGUGACGGCCAAAUCAUUCCGGGCGACUUGUGCUUACGAGCAGCCCGAGGAGAUCGACAUAUGUUUCCUACGGACCGUCGCGGUAGCCGACUCUUCACCCACGGACUUGUCUUCGGACCCCCGUGUGGUACGGUUGCUGGACGAGUUCGCCGACAUCUUCGAGUCACCUACCGGUGUGGUGCCCGGUCGGCCGAUCUCUCACGAGAUCAUUCUUGAGGCCGGUGUCGUGCCGCCGAAAGGUUGCAUCUAUCGGACGAGCAAGGAGGAGCUUGAGGCGGCGAUGACCAAUGAGUUCCGUGCAAUGUUGGACCGGUUCGUGCUGGUCUACUUAGACGAUAUUCUCGUCUACAGUCGGACAUUGGAGGAUCAUCUUGGACAUCUUCGACGAGUGUUGGAGACCCUCCGCCAUGCCAAGUACAAGGCCAACCGCGACAAGUGUGAAUUUGCCCGGCAGGAGCUGGAAUACUUGGGCCAUUUUGUCACACCGGAGGGCAUCAGUCCACUAUCGGACAAGAUUCAGGCCGUCCARGAGUGGCCGGAGCCUCGGAACGUCACGGAUGUCCGCUCAUUCCUCGGUCUUACCGACCACUAUCAGCGCUUCAUCAAAGGCUACUCCAAGAUCGCGGCCCACUUGAACAAGCUUCAGUGCGAGGAUCGGCCGUUUGAAUUUGGAGAGGAGGCGCGGGGAUCAUUCCUCGCUCUCAAAGCCGCACUAUUGUCCGCGGAGGUCUUGCGGAUAUACGACCCGCUCGCGCCUACACGUGUCACUACGGAUGCCUUCAUCUGCGGCUACCAAGCCGACCCCGAUUUCCGCGACAAGUACGCGAAUUGCUCCUCUCCUAAUCCGGCUCCUUUUCACUAUCGGAUCCAAGAGGGGUACUUGCUUGUCCACACGCGGGGGAAGGACCUUCUUUGCGUACCGAGUGAUCCUCACUUGCGUACACGGCUUCUUGGCGAGUUCCACGACGCUCCCGCCACUGGACAUUUUGGAGUCAAUCACACGAUUGCCCGACUUCGCCAACGAUUUUGGUGGCCCGACCUUCUCGGCGACGUCACACGCUAUUGCGAGUCAUGCGAGGUUUGCCGACGCUGCAAAUCCCGCAACCAUCGUCCGUACGGCGAGUUACGACCAUUGCCAGUCCUGUUGCGGCGAAGGGAAGCAAUUGCCAUGGACAUUACCGGCCCGUUCCCCAAGCACAAGACCGGAGUGGAUGGGAUUCUCACGGUGGUCGAUCGACUCACUAAGUUCGCCAUGUUUUUGCCUUGUCGCUAUCAUGCCAAGGCACCGGAGUUGGCCGAGGUUCUUUACGCCGGUUGGAUUCGCACCAAGGGUUACCCCAAGGAUAUCGUCUGCGACCGCGACACUCAGUUCAUGUCCGGUUUUUGGUUGGCGCUCAUUAAGCGAUGGGGCUCAUCUCUCAAGCCCAGUUCAGCUCGCCACCCUCAGACCGAUGGCCAGACGGAGAGGGCGCAUCAGACYGCACAGGUUCUCCUUCGCACUCUCAUCCGCCCCGACCAGAAAGACUGGGUUGAGCGACUGCCAGAUGUUGAGUUGGCCUACAACUCUUCCAUCCACCCGGCUAUUGGGAUAUCGCCCUUCGAGUUCGAGCAUGGCUCGCCGGUCACAUCACCGUUGGACACUAUUACUCCACGCACGGCCGAGAGCGACGACUAUCUUCUCUUCUUGUGUCGGAUGCAAGAGCUUCUUGUCAAGGCACGCGACCAGAUGGCUAAGACGCAACAGCGCAUGUGCCAACAGGCAAAUCGCCAGCGCCUUCCUUGUCCAAUCCGCGCUGGAGACCUUGGCUGGGUUUCAGCAGCGGAAUUCAGCCUUGAACAGGACAUCUCUCGCAAGCUCCUUCCGAAAUGGAUGGGGCCUUGGCCGAUCAUCGAGCCCGCUGGGGACACACCUGAGGGGCCUUCCUUCACGAUUCAGGUGCCUAGCCACUUGCCCGUCUACCCAGUCUUUCAUUGUUCCAAAUUGGCUUUGUACACGCCUGCGGAACAUGAUGAUUUUCCCGGGAGACGUACGCAGGAUCCACCUUCUAUGGAUGGUUUUCAGGAGGUCGGCGACAUCAUCUCCCAGCGAUGCUACGACAACAAGCCAACUGAGUGUCUGGUGCAUUUUGCUUACUGCACUUAUCGAGCUGAUCGCUGGUUGACCCGUGCGGAACUACAAGCGACAGCUCCAGACGUACUCGCUGCUGCACGCCAGCCCCUGGCACACUUCGGCAUUGGCAAGAGCUGCCUCCUCGGCCUGCUCGCCGUAGAAGAAGAAGAUGACGAAGAAGAGGGAGGACAGGAGGAGGAGGAGGAGGAGGAGGAGGAAGAAAAUGCCGUAGAAGAGGGGAGAGAAGAUGAUGAGGAGGAGGAGAAGAAGAAGAAGAAGAAGAAGAAGAAGAAGAAGAAGAAAACGCAAGGGAGAGGAGAAGAAGAGGAGGAGGAGGAGGAGGAAGAAGAAGACAAAGAUGACGAAGAAGAGGGAGGAGAAGAAGAAGAGGAGGAGGAGGAGGAGGAGGAGGAGGAGGAGGAGGAGGAAGAAGAAGAACGCAAGCCGAUGGCUAAAAGAGGAGGACUUGAAGAGGAGGAGGAGGAGGUAGAAGAAGAAGAAGGGAAAGCGGAGGACGGAUAUGGCUUACGGGCGAGGAGAGUGUCCACAAAGAAGAAGAAGAAGAAGAAGAAGAAGAAGAAGAAGAAGAAGAAGAAGAAACAAACCUGGGGGUGUGAUGGAGUGGCUUGCUGGCGGGGGGGCGCGAUGUUGCGGCUGGCUGGCCGAGGCGACGAUGGCGAUGCUGCACCCUGCGGAGACCUACCGACGAUGCCGCGGCUGCAGCGGGUGAUGGCGCGGCUGGUUGGCGGUGGCGACGAUGGCGUGGCUGGCUGUCGGAGGCGACGACGGAGCGGCUGCACAGACUGGAGCUCGUACGAUGAGGGUCAUUAUCUGGACAAGGAGGAAGAGAAUGGUGUUGUAGAGGCAGCCGCUGUCCUCCUCUCGAAGAUGCCGAGGAUGUCUCCAGCUCUUGACGUGGUGCAGCCUGCUUCCGGUUUCACCUCGCUUCCAGAAUUCAUCAAGGCAAGGCAGAAGUGGUUGACGCAGGUGGAGAAAUUAGAGACUGUGCAGUUUUGGGAGAUGUGUGGGGCAGCCACGCAGAGGGGACUGAGAAAGGUUCUGAGUGUUGUCCUUGGAAAGGCUUGGGCAUUGGAGGAGGCAACGUCUCAUUGGAUAGAGCUACUCGUCGCGGAACUACUCCAUCUAUACCCAACACAUAAGGCUCUGGAUGGCCUCAAGGAUAAGGCAGUAAAAUGCAUGAAGCGGCGCCCAGCACCAAGCAAUCAGGAAGUUCUUGAUAAGCUGUUACUUGCAAUAAUGGACCUGGACACAGAGGUGGUUUUGGCGGAGUGCUCAAAAACUUUCGAUGCUUGGUGAGUUAUUGCUACAUGCUUAUACAAAAAAAAAAAAAAAAACGAAGAAGAAAACAGGCCUCUUUCACUC